CGAAGCGGGGCACCACCCUCUGCCACUCAGAGCGCAGCGUUCGGCGCCGCGCCAGCCCGCGCCAUGAGCUACCUGUUUGGGCGUGCCGCGCUGCGGGCGUUGUUGUGCGGGCCGCGCUUUCCAGGCCUGCUAGUGCGCCCCAGUUCCGGAGGACCCUCCUGGCCUCAGGAGCGGGCGCUGGUUAAGGUGAAACCAGAUGGGGUGCAGCGGAGGCUAGUGGGGACUGUGAUACAACGCUUUGAGAUGCGGGGCUUCAGGCUGGUGGGGAUGAAGAUGUUGCAGGCACCAGAGAGCAUCCUGGCUGAGCACUACCAUCACCUAAAGAAGAAGCCCUUCUACCCAGCCCUUAUCAGCUACAUGAGCUCUGGGCCUGUGGUGGUCAUGGUCUGGGAAGGGGACAAUGUGGUCCGCAUCUCAAGGGUCAUGGUAGGACACACUGACUCAAUAAAGGCAGCCCCUGGGACAAUCAGGGGAGACUUCAGUGUUCACAUCAGCAGGAAUGUCAUCCAUGCUAGCGAUUCUGUGGAGGCGGCCCAGAGGGAGAUCCAGUUGUGGUUUCAGAGCAGCGAACUGUUGAACUAGACAGACGGUGCUCACCAUGGCAGCUACUACCCGGCCUGAGGGUUUGAACUAUCCUUUGCACUUCAGGGUCCACUCAUGACCAACUACCUCUGUCAACAAGAACUCAAGUCCACACCCUUCCCAUCUCCCCAAGCCACUCCUUGUUCACCCUUUGUCCAACUCCAGCCCAGGGGAAUCUAAGCCACAACUUUAUGUGCCUUUUUGUAUCCUAAGCCAACACAAUACUGGACCAUAUCCUUCCAUACCAACGUGCCAGACAAACCUUUGGGGCAUUGUCAAAGGUGACUUUGCCGGCCUCAGAGGAUAGAUAUUAAAAUCUUACGCUUAAAA